AUGAGCCAGGCCCAUCUCGGAAUGCGACACAGCGGCACAGCGGUGCACCUAGGCUCCCCGAAGAACCAGGCGUUUAUGAACACCGCCGCGACGUGCGUCGACCUCACCAAGGGCCAGUAUUAUGCCGCCCAUGUCCAGCCCUGCGAGUCGCUAGGCGACGCCAGGCAGCUUGAGAAUGCGCUCUUCAUUGACCUUUCGCAGUGCGGAACACAGCUUCCGCUCCCGAACUGUAAACAAGUGCAUUUGAAGUUUCCUUCAACUUUGCUACGACGCCCCAAGUUCCAAUUCUCGCAACUGGUUCAGACGUUGGAUCACGAAACACAACGGGUGCUCGAAGAAGAGGUGCCGCGCAGAUCGACGUAUGUUUUUUACGACGAGGGAAGCUCGCUUCAGAGCUGCUCCUUCAAUACCAGUCACAUCCUUGCGAAAAUCGUUCCCUAUUUAUACCAACAGCAGCGCGACAUCCGCCUCUUCUUUUUGCAGGGAGGCGCGGCUCAACCACAAGAGAAGCCUGCGCAUCAGCAUCCGCCAUUUGCGCGCCCACCCCAUCCGACAAGCACACGAUCUUCUUCGGGGAUCCGCAAGGCGGCCCCCAGCAAGCACAAUAUGAAUUUGAAGAUUACAAUACCAUCUCGCAAUCUUCGCACCGAUAAUUCUAAUUACAUGUUCAUCCAAUCAUUCAAAAAGGACUCCGUACACUACUCUCCAGACAGCCUUCAAAAGUACUUCACCUUUCAUAUGCCUUCGAAGAUUGAAUCAGAUGAUCAAACGCUGCCUGCCUGGCUCAAAAGCUUUUCAAAAGAUGGCAACAAAAACCUACUUCGCAUUUUAACGUCUUUCGAGCACUUGGAAAAGCUUGAGGUCCAGAGGCUGGAGCGGUGCUUACAGUCCUUCAAAGAUGAACAAGGCUCUCAAACCGGCAGAGAUGCUAGACCUCCUGUAGCCAAUGACAAUUCAAGUCGUUCGCAGCGUCCUAGGGUUGAGAAGCUGUACUCGUUUCGCGAAAUGCAAAAACAGUUUCAACCAAACAGGCACGACUAUGAUUCUGACAACGAUAGCUAUCACCAGAGCGAAGAAGCCAAGCUAAAAAUGGAUAUCAGCGAGGAGCUGAAUGACGGAGAAAACAAAAAAAUGCUUCUGAAACUGAAAAAGGCUAAAGAGGAUUUCAAUCCUUAUUCCUCUGAUACUAAGGACAGCGAAGAAUGUUCAGACGUUGCACGCGAAGCUGGGACGAACGAGGAUGAUGAAGAGGUUGCAGAGACUCCUAUGGAUGAUUAUCUUCUGACACGAGGCAUACAAUCUUUCACGAAAAACCGCUAUUCCAACAUUUUACCUUACGAGCAUUCCCGCGUGAAGCUGGAACCUUCACCAAUAUGGGCAGAAAACAAGAAUGACCAAUUCGCUAACACUGGUGCCCCGGGCCCCAAAUCGCCGGCCGGUUGCACUGUACGAAGAAGGCGCAACUCUUACUUCUCCCAAGACUGUUCAAACGAUAGAGACGCAGAACAGGCGUGUCCACCAAGGCAAGAAAAUAGCAGAAGCUCUUUGAUGCCUCCUUCUAUGUCAUUAGAAUCGCGAAGCUCUGCGGCAUCUCCUCAUAAAUCUGCAUCUGAGAGCGAGUCGUUUAAUGAUUAUUUCAACGCAAAUUACCUGAAAAUUCCUCAAAUCAACCCUGACUAUAAUUAUAUUGCUACACAGGCUCCACUUCCCUCCACCUUGGAUGAUUUUUGGAAGGUUGUGAUAGCGAACAAUGUUAAGGUCAUUAUAUCACUAAACUCUGACGACGAGCUUAGCUUACGAAAAUGGGACGUAUACUGGAAUUCCAGCACGCUGAAGAAAUUUGACGUUCGUGUUAACAAAACGUAUGAAAACGUGGCCGGCGUAGAAGGUUGCAUACUGAGAGUUUUCGAUGUUAGGCGCCAUAUAUCUUAUGAAGCAAGCUCAGCGGAAGGGCCAAAGAAUUCCGGUAGUGCUAACACUGUCAAGAGCGAGAGCAACGAUAGCUCCGCACAAGGCUUCGAAGGUAAUGAAAACAGCAAAAAUAGCAGUGACAGCAAAUUCAGCCCUAGUUACACGGUUUGCCAAUUGCAGUAUACAAAAUGGCUUGAUUCUUGCGGGAUUGUUAUGAGUGAUGUGUUAAAGCUUCAUCGUAUCAAAACUUACUUAUCCAGCGACGCCGAAGGUUUCAUCAAAAGCGUUCAAGAUGGGAAGGUUUAUGAAGCUAUAAUGAAAUCUGACAAUGAGGUUCCAAAGAACAUCAGCGCUUUCGAUCAGAAAAAGAAUGAAGUUAGUGCACCCGUGCUAGUACAUUGCUCUGCUGGUUGUGGACGAACUGGGGUGUUUAUUACACUUGACUAUCUCUUGAAUGUGCUGGAACACCCGACAGAUCGUUCAAAUCGUAUUGACGUUUGGAAUAUGUCCCAGGAUUUGAUUUACAUUAUCGUUAAUGAGCUAAGGAAACAAAGAAUUUCAAUGGUUCAAAACCUUACGCAGUACAUCACUUGCUAUGAGGGGAUACUUGAAUACUUCGGAUUACGCAAAAGCGCUGGGCGCGAUGCAACUGUUUACUGA